CCGGAGGGCGAACAGGGAGAAAGGUCGGGGCCAUGGGCCGGCGCUGCGGUUCCCGAGGGUCCGGCCACUGCUGGAACCCGAGACCGGGGGUGGGGGCGCUUAGGGCUCAGACCCUUAGCCCGUCCGCCCCCACCCGUGCCCGGUGAGGGGCGCCCGCCCUCAACUAGAGGCGGAGCGGAGGCCGCGCGCAGCCGGCUGAGCGCUUUCAGGAUGCUCAUCAAGGAGUACCACAUUCUGCUGCCCAUGAGCCUGGAUGAGUACCAGGUGGCCCAGCUCUACAUGAUCCAGAAAAAAAGCCGGGAGGAGUCGAGUGGUGAGGGCAGUGGCGUGGAGAUCCUGGCCAACCGGCCCUACACGGACGGGCCCGGUGGCAGUGGGCAGUACACGCACAAGGUGUACCACGUGGGCUCCCACAUCCCAGGCUGGUUCCGGGCACUGCUGCCCAAGGCCGCCCUGCAGGUGGAGGAGGAGUCCUGGAAUGCUUACCCCUACACCCGAACCCGGUACACCUGCCCCUUUGUGGAGAAAUUCUCCAUUGAAAUAGAGACCUAUUAUCUGCCUGACGGGGGGCAGCAGCCAAACGUCUUUAACCUGAGCGGCGCUGAGAGGAGACAGCGCAUCCUGGACACCAUCGACAUCGUGAGGGAUGCUGUGGCUCCAGGCGAGUACAAAGCAGAAGAGGACCCCCGGCUGUACCGCUCCGUGAAGACGGGCCGAGGUCCGCUGGCUGAUGACUGGGCACGCAAGGCGGCCCAGACGGGGCCCCUCAUGUGCGCUUAUAAGCUGUGCAAGGUCGAGUUCCGCUACUGGGGCAUGCAGGCCAAGAUCGAGCAGUUCAUCCACGACGUCGGUCUUCGUCGGGUGAUGCUGCGGGCCCACCGCCAGGCCUGGUGCUGGCAGGAUGAGUGGACAGAUCUGAGCAUGGCUGACAUCCGGGCACUGGAGGAGGAGACUGCCCGCAUGCUGGCUCAGCGCAUGGCCAAGUGCAACAUGGACAGUGAGGGGCCUGAGGCCCAGCCCUCCGGGAAGCCAUGCACUGAGGCCCAGGCUGGGGCCAGCCAUGCUGGCACCCCCGAUGGGCCCGAGGUCCCCCUGGGCCCCGACGCCUCACCCGAUACCAGCUUUGGCAAACAGUGGUCCUCAUCUUCCCGUUCCUCCUACUCGUCCCAGCAUGGAGGGGGCGUGUCUCCUCAGAGCUUGUCUGAGUGGCGCAUGCAGAACAUUGCCCGAGACUCUGAGAACAGCUCUGAAGAGGAGUUCUUUGACGCCCACGAAGGCUUCUCGGACAGUGAGGAGGUUUUCCCCAAGGAGAUGACCAAGUGGAACUCCAAUGACUUUAUCGACGCCUUCGCCUCCCCGACGGAGGCCGAGGGGGUGCCAGACCCCGGAGCCGAGGCCGCCAAAGAUACGAGGGACAGGGCCCGAGGACCCAGGGACUCGGAGGGCCCAGAUGGAGCAGGAGAGCUGGGGGCCGAGGCGUGCGCCGUCCACGCCCUCUUCCUCAUCCUGCACAGCGGCAACAUCCUGGACUCCGGCCCUGGGGACGCCAACUCCAAGCAGGCGGAUGUGCAGACGCUGAGCCUGGCCUUCGAGGCCGUCACCCGCAUCCACUUCCCCGAGGCCCUGGGCCAUGUGGCGUUGCGCCUGGUGCCCUGCCCACCCAUCUGUGCUGCUGCCUAUGCCCUGAUCUCCAACCUGAGCCCCUACAGCCAUGACGGCGACAGCCUGUCCCGUUCCCAGGACCACAUUCCACUGGCUGCCCUACCGCUGUUGGCCACUUCAUCCUCUCGAUACCAGGGCGCUGUGGCCACCGUCAUUGCCCGAACCAACCAGGCCUAUGCCGCCUUCCUGCGCUCGGCUGAGGGCGCUGGCUUCUGCGGGCAGGUGGUGCUCAUUGGAGACGGUGUCGGUGGAAUCCUGGGCUUUGACGCACUCUGUCACAGUGCCAGCGUGGGCACGGGGAGCCGGGGCAGCAGCCGCCGAGGGAGCGUGAACAAUGAGCUGCUGUCCCCUGAAAUUGGCCCAGUGAAGGACCCCCUGGCAGAUGGGGUGGAGGGGCUGGGCCGGGCCAGCCCGGAACCCUCAGCUCUGCCCGCCCAGCGUGCCUCCAGCGACACAGCCAAUCCUGAACCUGAGAGCUCUCAGAACAGCCUGCAGGUGGCCCCCAUGACUGCCUCCUCCUCCGGGGAGCCCAGGCGGGCAAGCACAGCCUCCUGCCCACCCACUGCCACCUCUGAGGCUCCCGAUGGCCCCAUCAGCGCGGCCCGCCUGGACUUCAAGGUCUCUGGCUUCUUUCUCUUCGGCUCCCCGCUGGGCCUGGUGCUGGCUCUGCGAAAAACCGUGAUGCCUGCCUUGGAGGUGGCCCACAUGCGCCCGGCCUGCGAGCAGAUCUACAACCUCUUCCACGCGGCCGACCCCUGCGCCUGCCGGCUCGAGCCCCUGCUGGCCCCCCAGUUCCAGGCCAUCGCCCCACUGGCCAUACCCCGAUACCAGAAGUUCCCCCUGGGAGACGGCACGUCCCUGCUGCUGGGCCUCUUUCUGGAGGAGCUGGAGAUGGUGCCCUCAACACCCACCUCUAGCAGCGGUGCCUUCUGGAAGGGCAGUGAGUUAGGCGCCGAGCCGCAGGCCCAGCCAGCUGCCUCCAGUACCACCAGUGAGGUGGUUAAGAUCCUGGAGCGGUGGUGGGGGACCAAGCGGAUCGACUACUCCCUCUACUGCCCCGAGGCGCUCACCGCCUUCCCCACCGUCACGCUGCCCCACCUCUUCCACGCCAGCUACUGGGAGUCGGCCGACGUGGUAGCCUUCAUCCUGCGCCAGGUGAUCGAGAAGGAGCAGCCGCAGCUGGCCGAGUGCGAGGAGCCGUCCAUCUACAGCCCGGCCUUCCCCAGGGAGAAGUGGCAGCGCAAACGCACGCAAGUCAAGAUCCGAAACGUCACUUCCAACCACCGGGCCAACGACACGGUGGUGUGCGAGGGCCGCCCCCAGGUGCUGAAUGGACGCUUCAUGUAUGGGCCCUUGGACGUGGUCACACUCACUGGAGAGAAGGUGGAUGUCUACAUCAUGACGCAGCCACUGUCUGGCAAGUGGAUCCACUUUGGCACCGAGGUCACCAACAGCUCAGGCCGCCUCACCUUCCCGGUGCCCCCCGAGCGUGCACUGGGCAUCGGUGUCUACCCAGUGCGAAUGAUGGUCAGGGGCGACCACACCUAUGCCGAGUGCUGCCUGACAGUGGUGGCCCGCGGCACCGAGGCCGUGGUCUUCAGCAUAGACGGCUCCUUCACUGCCAGUGUCUCCAUCAUGGGCAGUGACCCCAAGGUGCGCGCCGGCGCUGUGGACGUGGUCAGGCACUGGCAGGACGCGGGCUAUCUGAUUGUGUAUGUCACGGGCCGGCCUGACAUGCAGAAACACCGUGUGGUGGCCUGGCUGUCGCAGCACAACUUCCCCCAUGGCGUUGUCUCCUUCUGCGACGGCCUCACCCAUGACCCGCUACGCCAGAAAGCGACGUUUCUACAGAGCUUGGUGCAGGAGGUGGAACUGAACAUUGUGGCUGGCUAUGGGUCCCCCAAAGAUGUGGCCGUCUACGCGGCACUGGGCCUGCCCCCUGGCCAGACCUACAUCGUGGGCCGCGCCGUGCGGAAGCUGCAAGCUCAGUGCCAGUUCCUGUCAGAUGGCUAUGUGGCCCACCUGGGCCAACUGGAAGCUGGCUCCCACCCUCACGCCCCUACGGGACCCUCGAGGGCCACCCUGGCCAAGAGCAGCUAUGGUGGGGCUGCCCCUGUGGACUUCCUCCGCAAACAGAGCCAGCUGCUGCGCUCUAGGGGUCCCAGCCAGGCGGAGCGAGAGGGCCCAGGGACACCACCCACCACCCUGGCCCGGGGCAAGGCCCGAAGCAUCAGCCUCAAGUUGGACUGCGGUGAGGCCUAAACUGUGGCUGGACCUGGGUUAUUUAUUCACACGUUCAGGGGCCCAAGUGACCACGUGUGGGAGGCUGGGGGCCCAGACCUCUGGCCCUGGUCCCCCAACUCCACACCCUGCAUCUUUGCCUGCCCCUCAGUAUUACUUCCCUUUCACGUGGGGGGACCCAGACCAGGGGGAGGGAGGAGGGAGCAACACGGGCCCAGAGGCUUUUCCAGUGUGUAAACCCAUGAAAAUAAACACCAUGUACCUCCCACUUGAUUGCCCACUUGCCUGGUCUCUCAGGGUGGCCAAG